UUCGGCAGUUCAAGUACAGCUUUGUUUAAAUUAAACAGGAUAGCCCUUUCUCCUAGACUGUGGUGCAGACAGAAAAAUGAGUCGCACGGCUGUGAUGUAUACUGAAAUUGGCUGCUUUGUGUGUUGCUUUUGUGGGUGGAUGCUGGUCUGUUCCACUUUGCCUACUGAGUAUUGGAAUUUCUCUGAGGUAGGUGAUGCUGUACUUACCACGGUCAACUACUACUCUAACCUGUGGAUGGAUUGUGUAUCUGACACUACUGGUGUUUCUGACUGCAAGUACUAUCCUUCACUGAUGGCUCUUCCAGUAUUCUUGCAUAUCUGCCGUGCCCUGGCCGUUGGCUCUGUAAUUUUGGGAUUUUGGGGGAAUGUGCUCACCUUAAUUGGAAUGAAGUGCACUAAGAUUGGGGGUUCUGAAAUUGUUAAUGCAAGAGUAACUUUAGCAGCUGCAAUUAUCUAUAUGGCAUCAGGACUCACCGGCAUGGCAGUGUUCUCCUUGUGGGGAAACAGAAUGCGGAUACAAUUUGUGGAUGUGAACUAUGCACCACAGAAAUUUGAACUUGGUGCAGCAUUAUUUGUAGGAUGGGGAGGUUCGAGUCUGAUAAUAUGUGGAAGUGCAGUUUUGUGUUAUUUCUCUGGGAAAGAGGGACUCUGCUCAGGAUCAGAAGACACACUUCUGCUUCGGCCAGAUGCUUAUACUAGAGCUCGAUCAAGAGGGACAUAUGUAACAGCUCGAACCAGAGGGAGCUAUUUGUUGCCCACCUACUCUAAAUCCACAGCAAUCAUGCCCCCCUUAUUUUAUUCACGCAGAGAGAGCAGGGGAAACAGGACACAAAGGACAUACAGAACACAGAAAACAGCUGCUUCCAUGCUGCCGAACAUGGAUUCAUAUGUGUGACGCCACUUUUUGUAACACAUUAACUGGAUUACACUUAGAUGCUUAAAGUGUGAUGUACUCAUCAUGGAUAAAAUAUAUUUAUUGGAAUUCAUUGUGCAUUCCAAAAAGAGCAUCAUUUUUUGAAAAGGCAAUCAGCCCAUUGGGAUUUUUUUGGGGGGAUUAGAAGGUACUAGAAAAUUAAUAAUAAUUAAAAAAUCACUAUCUUGAAUUAUACAUACUGUACAUGCGAUCUCAUUUCUGAAAGACAGCAAUUCACUUGCAAGUAUUUCUCCUGCAUUCAAAUCCCUCUUUUUUCACUCUGCUGUCACUCAUGUGACGUGUAACAAGGAGGCAUACUAGACUAAUCAGUUUUUUGUAAAAUUUCUAGAAUGGACCUAUUUUUUAUACUAAUAACCUGAAGCACCAACCAUGCAAAUACUUAAUAUAAUAUGUUAAAAUUUUAAAUACAUUUAAAUUUUAUCUUCUGUAAUACCUACAAGGUUUCGUGAACUUGUAAAGCAUCUAAACACAGCUAAUGAAUUGUACAU